AUGCCCAACCAUCCGCCAACAGAUGGCUCCUGGCGCCACCAGCUUGGCACUCCUUCCUUCCCCGUGGAGCCGGACCGCUACUACCUCUACGUCGGCCUCUUCUGCCCCUUUGCGCAAAGAGCUAUCAUAGCGCGGGAGUUAAAGGGGCUGCAAAACUUGUUGCCCAUGAGCAUUGUAAAGCCAUACCCCAAAGACAAUGGCGGUUGGCGCUUUCCAGCCACAGAUGACGAAUACCCUGGCAGCACAGUCGACCACCUCUUCCACUCCCAAUUUCUUCAUGACGUCUACUUCAGGUCGGACUCGGAAUACAAAGGGAAGUACUCAGUGCCGGUACUGUGGGACAAGAAGACGAAUCAAAUUGUGAACAAUGAGAGCGAGGAUAUAAUGCGCAUGCUGAACCAUGCAUUUGACGACUACCUGCUGGAGGGCGACGAAAGAAGAAGUCUUGACACCUAUCCGCCGGAAUUGAGAGGAAUAAUUGAUGAAGUGAAUAGUUGGAUGAUGCCCAACCUCAAUAACGGCGUCUACAAAGCCGGCUUCGCAGACACGCAAGAAGAUUACGAGAAGAACUGUAGGAUCGUCUUCGAAACGCUGGACCGGCUCGAGAAAAUGGCAGCAGAAUCCUCCACUUCCUACGUGCUCGGCACGACGCAGCCUACAGAGAUAGACAUCAAGCUCUACACGACGUUGGUGCGAUUCGACACGAUAUACCAACAACAUUUCAAGCUCAUGGUCAGGAGUAUACGGCAUGGGUACCCGAGACUGAACAGGUGGCUGAAGAAUAUGUACUGGAAUGUCCCCGGUGUCAAAGAGACGACGAAUUUCAAGCACAUCAAGGAAAAUUAUAGCAAAAGCCACGGAGAUAUCAAUCCAAAAGCCAUCACGCCGCUGGGGCCAGAGCCAGACGUCGAGCCUUGGACAGAAGAGCCCCAGCCUUAA